AGUGUUGGAUGUAAACAGAAAUGGCGCGGCCGACAAAAAUGCUGUUAGUACUGUAGCCGUGAACAUGUAAAGAUGUCGAAAGGUGGACAAACGGUUUGCUAACCGCAGAAUAAUGGCGUCGCUUGGCCACAAGAAGCGGGUUCUUGCUUUAGCCGGAUAAUGCUAACAACAGCUAGCUUCCAACGUUAGCUCGCUGCUUAUAGUGUCUUUUAUUUUCUUUUUUUAACAACCAAUGAUGCAUUAAAUAUUACCAGGAUUUAAACUGUAUUUUAGCUGUACCAUAUAAAGUGAAACAUCCUAAUUCCGCCACUGACAGAGCAGUUAAAGGGGUAACGGUUGUCCGUGUUGUGGCCGUCUUUAGCCUGUUACCUUUUACCUGUGCCCAGCUGUAGAGACCCAGUGGAGGAUGUCGGUGAACGGGAAGGUGAUCCCGCACACCCCGCUGGCUGUCGACUUCUGGCAGGUGCGGAAGUGUCCGGGAACACGGCUGUUCUUCCUGUCCCACAUGCACAGCGACCACACUGUGGGUCUGACCUCCACCUGGAGCCACCGGCCCAUCUACUGCUCCCCGACCAGCGCCACGCUACUCGGCCUCAAGCUGCAGGUGAAAGAGAAGUGGAUCCAUCCAUUAGAGCUGAACGAGCCGUACAUGUUGCCACUGGAUGACAUCGGCAAGGAGAAGCUGACAGUAACACUGAUAGACGCCAACCACUGUCCAGGAUCCGUCAUGUUUCUCUUCGAAGGCUACUUCGGCUCUAUACUGUACACUGGGGACUUCAGAUAUACUCCUUCCAUGCUGCGUGAGCAGUGCCUUAGAACCAACGCCACUAUAGACGUCCUCUACCUGGACAACACCAACUGUGACCCCAACCGCACCCUCCCCACAAGACAGAGAGCCACUCAGCAGAUCAAAGAGAUCAUCCGCAGACACCCCAACCACAUUGUGGUCAUAGGCCUGUAUGCAUUGGGAAAGGAGUCUCUGCUGCUGGAGCUGGCCAUGGAGUUUAAGACCUGGGUGGAGGUGAGCUUUGAGAGGAUGGAGACCCUUAAAGUCCUGGAGCUGCCUGACGUCUUCACCACUGAGCCGGGAGCCGGCCGUAUCCGGGUUGUGGAGCAGUCUAAGAUCUGCUCUGCCACUUUACAACAGUGGAACAAAGAACAUCCAACUCUGGCCAUCCUGCCCACCAGCAGGCCCCUGGUCUCCUUCAACCCCAACGUCCACGUGGUGCCCUACUCCGACCACUCCUCGUACCAGGAGCUGGAGGACUUUGUCUCUGCACUGAAACCCACCUCCCUUGUGCCCAUUGUAGGAAACCACUUACCUGGAAGCUUCUCUGCCUUACUGCCCAACAAGAAGCGCCAUGAAGUCCUGGUGCCUGAGUCGGUCCGGCACUACAUGAUGAGACGGCCUGAGAAUCCGCUCGGCUCAGCGGCCCUCAACAGCCUUUGCCGCAGACAUUUCCGUCCUCUGGGGCCCAAAGGGGUGGUGUUUGAGUCUCCUGUGAGGGAGUCCGGGAAACUGUGCGAAGACGCCUGGGAGGCUGCGAGCCUAGAGCAGGAAGCUUCUGAGGGGGAGAUGGACACAGAAAGUAGUGAAAUGGACUCUGACAGCAUCCUCAACGACCUGAGUAAGAACCACAGCCCUUACAAACAGAAAAGAGAUGACAUGUGGAGCCUCAACAUCGUCCAGACAGUGCCUGAAGACAUACUGAUGGAACAGCCCAUUCUGGUCAGUCAGCUCAGCCAGAGCAGUUUGGCAUCAGCGGAGAGCCUGAUGAGCUCCGAGGCCUGCCUGAAUCCUGUCAGAACAACAAGAAGGCCUUUAGAAACUAACGCCAGAAUAAUCAGUGACACAGCUUCCAGUGAUGGCAGCCAGCGGGGAAAUAUUCAGGAGAGCUACAGACUGGCAGCCGGGGACGGCAUGAGUCAGCACGGUGGAAAAGAGAUCGAUCCGGACGAUGACAUCAUGUCAAACGAGCAAAGGAACAUCAGUGUGACGACGCUGCAGAGCGGCCUCGAUAACGACUCCUGCUCUUCAUCCAGCUUCCUCACCGUGCCAACGCAGGCGUAUGUGGAGGAGCUGGAGAACAGCAUUUUACAGGAUCUCCCAUUCUCAGAGGAGGACUUUCAGAUGUGUGCUCUCCUGCAGCAGUCUGCCGUCCUUCCUGUAAGUGGUGCACUAAAGUAUAAAAGGCAAACACGGAAAACCAUGUAAAAGAUGGAGAUCUUGGUUUAAUCACCAAGGACUGCUGAUAAUGCCUGUUUUUACAGUGUCUUCCUACGACCAACGCUGUAUUUUUGGCUAUCCUUUAAUCCUCUGAACCUCACAGAUGUUUUCUUUAAAGUCAACGCACUAUUUUCUCGUUGGUACCUAAUUUACACAGUUUUCCUGGUGCUGCCUACAUGUUGAGUGUGUGGCCUUUUAGAAAAGCCGGCUUGUGAUGGAAAGAUCAUGAGUCUGUCCUUUGACCUGUGAAGCCAAACCUAUCCUCAUUAACAGUAAACCUCUUUCUUCUGUUGUAACAGACAUGUUAGGAUUGGAGCUGGACAAAAAAAAACGUGAGAUUGAGAAAUGGAAUCCACACAAUAGAUCAUGCUCCUAUGAACAUGUGUUUAUUUAAUCACCAAGGUACUUUAAGACAGCUUAAUUGGCCAGUUGAUUAAUUGAGCCAAUUAACAACAUGUUGAGAUACUGGUGUCAAAGGCCGUGACAGUAACACUCUCUAUUAAGUUGUUUUUUUAUGUACGUUUAUGCCUUAUUGUUCUCUGAAAGCCAAAGAGAUGCUGCCAUCUGCUAAUAAAAUAAAUAAAGUUGUGAAGUGCACUAAAAGUC